CUAGAAAAAAAGAUUUAUAUAUGUACAUUUAAGUUCUUAAUUGUUAACAUCUUUUUUAGAAAUGAAACUGCAACCUAUUUUCAUUCAACCAAGCUGCUACGAGAAAAAUUUCCUGGACGUGUAGGUUAAAAUAACUUUUUCAAAAUCGAAAAAUAUGUAAUAUUAGCUAUUUUGGAAACAAAUAAGACGUAGUUCAUAAAGAAUGAAUUUAUUUUUUACUGGGUAACAUUAAUGCAAAGAUAGCUUAUAAGCUUCAAGAGAGAUGGAUUCAAUGUCAAACUCUUCAGCCGCUUCGGCACUUAAAACUCGUCGUAAAGUUACUCUCGAUAACCCAGCUGUUUUGGAACAACAAUUAGAAGCACUGGAGCAUCAUAAAAAGCAACUAGAGAAACGUGGAAAACUAAAUCAAAAUUUUUCGAGCAACAGCAAAACAAUUGCCCUGCAUUUGAAUUCUCCUAAAUUGUCUUCGUCUUCACUGCUAACGGACGUUGCUCUUAAUUCCCAUAGUUUCUUAGAAAAUUCAAAUGGAAUGUACCCAAAUACCACAUCUUCAUCGGGUCACGGCGUUGUUAAUACAAAAUCAAAUAUAUAUGGCAAUAUAAUUGGCUCUUCGUCAACAGCUUUAAAUAACAUUUAUUCUAAUGUUGGAUUUGAUAAGAUUCAACAGCAGGAACAAGCAUGUAUUGCAGAACAAAAUUUGUCGAAUAAAAAAUCAGCAUCUUCUACAAAUGAAGAAAAUAGCGUGAACUUCACUCAUAAUGGUUCUAUGAUACCGGAAGAUGAAAUUCCACCCCCUCCAAGUCCUGUCAGUUCGUCUUAUAGUGAAUUGCGACGAGCCACCGAAGUUUUCAAAACCAAUAAUCUACCUAAAAAAGGUUCACUUAUUACUGCCAACGAUCAAAUCGGUAUAGCUAAACCAAUUGUGGGUUAUGAGAUGCCUCUGGACCAUAAACUAGCGGUGGCAUCAAAUGACAUGCGACAAUUGUAUAUAAACAAACCAACAUACACAGCAAAUGAUGCAUUUAGUAAUUACAAUAACGCAGUACAGGCAAAAACUAAUCCCAACUUUUCCGAUUACUCUGGAUAUGGUGGAUUUUCUUCCACCUAUGAAUCGAUUUAUGAGCCGAUUAAUCCAAGACCCCCUAGUCAAUUGUCCACACGAUCCCACAACAUUAUGUAUCCAUGUAUAAAAAAUUCAAAUAAUUUGUCCAUGCCUGAAUGUGGUGGUAUUUUAGAAAAAAGUAAUAGCAGCAAUAUGUCUACUUUAAGCGGUGGUAGCAGUGUAGACUCCAUAUCACCAGUGUAUCCAAAUAGCAGCAGGGAUAGCGAAGGUGAUGGCACCUUAAACAGCUACUCACAAAACCAUAAAGAGUCCGUAGUUGAAUCUUUAACUGAUUUUUUGGUUAAAUCAAUGGAUCCCCAAAAUGAUCUAGAAAACUAUGGUAUUUGCUUCAAAUGCAACGAAAUUGUUGUGGGAGAAAACUCCGGCUGCACCGCUAUGGAUCAAAUCUAUCACAUUGCCUGUUUCACGUGUUCUCAGUGUCAAAUAAACCUCCAAGGCAAGCCAUUUUACGCUUUAGAUUGUAAACCCUAUUGCGAAUUUGAUUACUUACAAACAUUGGAAAAAUGUUCGGUAUGUAUGAAACCGAUUUUAGAAAGAAUUUUGCGAGCCACCGGCAAACCGUACCAUCCACAAUGUUUUACUUGUGCAGUUUGCAAGAAGAGUUUGGAUGGUAUACCAUUUACAGUUGAUGCCACAAAUCAAAACUACUGCAUUGAAGAUUUUCACAAAAAAUUCGCUCCUCGAUGUUGUGUAUGCAAAGAACCCAUUAUGCCAGAGCCGGGUGAAGAGGAGACUGUAAGAGUGGUGGCUUUGGAUAGAAGUUUUCAUUUUGAAUGUUACAAGUGUGAGGAUUGCGGUUUAUUGCUUUCAUCGGAGUCCGAAGGUCGUGGCUGCUAUCCGUUAGACGAUCACGUAUUAUGCAAGAGCUGCAACGCAAAACGUGUGCAAAUGCUUACCAAUCGCAUGACGACUACAGAACUUUAGGGGUCAUAAAUAGUAAAUUUAUAUUUGAAAUUAAAUGCAUUCCAAAAAUUUAUACAUAAAUCAUAAAAUAUACAAUAAUAAAGAUAAAAAAUAAACAAUUUAGAGUAUCCUUAUCCUUCACCUUUAUAUACUCUAAAAGAAAAUAUUAAA